UACCAAAUUAUUAAAUGUGACUUACCGCUUUGCGCUUACGAGUUGCGACAUAUUUCACAAUUAUUAUUCUGAAUUCUCAGAUUUUAGGUUUUUCGGUAUGAAUUAAAAAAACAUAAUAAUAUACCGUAUACGAUUUAUAGAAAAAAUGUCAAAAAUAAUGUUAUUCGUACCAGUGACGAGGACACUGGCAAUUAAUAAUGUCAAAGCAAUGAGCAGCUUGGCUUUGAAACACGACCGGUUUUUACAAAACACCACUUACAACUUAAAUAUUCAAAAGCGCCACGCUGUUACAGACUACAUCAGUAUAAACAUAAAAAAUAAAGUUUUUGACUUGGUUGAUAGAUUUAAAAUAAUAAAUCCAUUAAACAAAACAAGAUUCCAAGCAAACAGCUGGAUUUUAUACGAAACCUUGGUCGACCAAAUUCCAUUUACCGAUAUUAUGAAAAAACUAAACUUACCCGAUACAUUUAACACAUGGUUUAUAAUAACGGAACUUCAUUUGUGGAUGGUAUUUGCUCGAUUAAUGCAUGAAGGCACUAAAGGUUCUAUGAUCAGAAAUUACAUGAUGGAAGCGCUAUGGAACGACGUUGAAUUUCGUACUAAAAAACUAGGAGGUGUGAAUAUCGAUAUUCGUUCACAACAAGUUAAUGUGUUAUGUGAUCAAAUCCGCGGAGCAUUAAUUGGUUACGACGAAGGUUGGCUAACCAAUGACAUGGUAUUAGCCGGCAUGGUUUGGAGAAGAAUAUUCAACCAAGAAUGCAACGACCCACAAAAAAUUGAAGCUGUAGUAAAAUAUAUUAGAAAACAGAUGGCUGUUCUUCAAACUCAAACAUUUGAUAGUUUAUUUACAAAGAAGGAAGUAAAAUGGAUUCAUUUUGUAUAGAAACCAAAUACAAACUGUAAAUAGAGUAACAUUACAAUAUUAUAUAAAUAUGAUACAUGUCAAUAUUAUAUAUUUAUAUUAUAUACUUUAGAUCUUUUGACAUUUCAACAUGCCUAACAAUUAUAAAUAGAAUAAUAUUGUUAAACUAAUAA